AUGCUAUCACAGACGCUGCGUCUAAACUCCUCGAGGAACAAGACCAAAAGCAGCGACAGGAAUUGGCCUUCAGCUAAAGAGUUGUUCCUGCAUGAGCGUCUGCAGGCGUGGUUAGCGGACUCCCCUUUGGCCUCUGCUCUCUUCACCACCACGGAUCCCACAACACCAUCUCAAUCAUAUCUAUCACCGAGGGCGCUUGAAAAGCAGCCUGCCAGAGAUGCGUCUGCAGUGAUCCCUCCAGAGACCUUGCCACCCACCCCAUUCGACUAUUCCUCCUUCUUCUCCACCUCUCGACAUCCUUCUGCCACCCCAUACGACCCACCCGACUUGACACUGGCGCAACCUCAACCGCAACCUCGGAGGAGAUCUUUUCUCGAAGCUCUGUUGGUCCGUCAAAAGAAAGUCAUCCCACCCGAUAACCGUUCCACCGCCUCCAAGGUUCUCUAUCCCAUCAACUACGUACCCCGUCCGACCCGUGUUCAAGUCCAACCUCACCCUCAUCAUCAACGACAACAUUCCUCCUUGGACGCGGGCACUGGUGACGUACGUACUUUGCUCACCCUUCCAGAGCAGCGUCGCUCUCGCCAGCAUUCUCCCACCGAUCCGAUAGUCGAGCAUAGUCCACGGUUAGGGCCGCCCGUAGGUGAUCGAACCAGUGUGCCUCUUCCCUCGAACCAACAACGUGGUAAUCUUCCAGACGACAACGCACCCUCGGGCGUCGGUCUCAUGAUUGAGUCAGAAAAACCCGACACCAAUGGCGUUCGAGAGCCCGAUCGAGCCCAACUGUCCACCUCCAGAUUUAACCCGCGAGACCGAGAUCGGGACCUAGAGGCACAGCAAGCUUCCGUUCUAGGUCAAAGCUACGGUGUCAAUCCACUAGACCAGCCUUUACAUCCUCCUCGCCGCAUCACCUCUCAUCGCUCUCUCAGCCAUGCUCAAUCGGCUGGCUCUCUACACUCGUCCGCUUAUGUCGGAGCCAAUAUAAAUGGUCACAUGCCAUCUCAAGACGAUGAUGCGCGGCCAUAUACUGAAGACAACGAGGGUAGUGUUGCUGACGAACUUGCUUGGGGCCCAUCUCACCCCUGUUUUCCACAUUUAAAUCCCCAUGUGCCUCUCGACUCGCGCGAAUACGCAGCUACGCGAAUUAUCCGGAUACGCAGAGACUGGAUGGUCGCUGGUGAUCUUGCUCCAACUUUCUCGAAUAUUUAUCCCGAAAUCCUCGACCCAUUAAUGCAGGAGCAAGAAUUUCGAUAUGUGAUUGAGCAUAUCAAUCAGACUUUAUGUGUCGCCUACGAUCCAUUCUCGGCCUGGAAUUGGUUGGAUGGCUUUCUUGGACUCGUCACCGGUUGGAUUUGGGAGGAUCUUAGACCAGUGGGGGUCAAAGGUCAGCUUAAGGCGUUGGAAGAGUGGCUAAUAGAUUGGAACCACACGGUUGGAGCAAGAGACGGUGUCAAAAUCAUGCCAUUGCGAAGGACCGGCUACCUGAAUAUCGACAUUCAGAUUCCUGACCCACAAGUCACCGUGGUUGCUGAUCGUGAUGGCGAAUCUGGACGUCCUCCCAAUACUGCCCCUACGGAAAGCACCGCACCGAGGACAGCACCUGAUAAGGACAAGCUGCAAUAA